GCAGAAGGAGAGGAUUCAGCACCAUGGACAGAUCGCGCCGCCACCUCUUCACUCUACUGAGCUCCACAUUCCUCCUGCUGGUGUUCAGAGCCAGCUGUGAGGAGACUGACUACCUGGAGACCAGAUCGCUGGACUUCUACUCCCCCAUAGACAACAGCGUCCAUGAGAAGGAGCUGAUUAAUGCUUUGCAAGAAGUGCUAGAAAAACUUAAAAGUAAAAGACUACCACUAUUUGAAAAGAAAUAUGGACAGGUGCCAAUGUGUGACGCAGGAGAGCAGUGUGCUGUCAGGAAAGGAGCGCGGAUUGGAAGACUCUGCGACUGCCCUCGACGGACCUCUUGUAACACGUUCCUCCUAAAGUGUUUAUGAUUUCCAGCUUCUCCGCUCAGACCACCCAGCUGACAUCCUAAAGAGAACCUGACACGCAGAGUCCCUCUAACUGAUUUUUACAUGAAAUUGUAUUUUUUAUUUUCAUUACAAUGACUGUGCUGAUCUAUGAAGCACAUGUCUGUUUAUGUUAUAAUUCUGUAUUGUAUGAUUUUAUAUGUUCUAUGUCAGUAAAUAUAUUUUCAUGCAUAUAAACAGAAAGGGUAAUAAAUAUUUCUUUU